AUGAUGGAGGAUGGAAGUGUCAAUCUUCAGUUCGCUAAGAGACUCCCGAAGAUCGAGCUACACGCCCACUUGAGCGGCAGCAUAAGCCGGAAGUGUCUACACGAUGUCUGGCUGCAGAAGAAGAGUAUUGACCCGGACUUCGACUUGGAGGAUCCCCUCCUAGCGAUACCUCCGGGGAAAGUAGACUACAACCUCACCACCUUCUUCCCCCUUUUCUCCUCCUACAUUUACAAAUUAUGUAACGAUGUAUCAAGCAUAGAAUACACAACCGCCGCCGUCCUCGCUGACUUCCAGUCCGACAACGUCGUCUAUCUCGAACUCCGCACAACCCCCCGCGCCAUCCCCGACGCCGGCAUCACAAAAUCCACCUACAUCCGCACCAUCCUCUCCUGCAUCGCUCAGCACAACGCCAAUCCCACCAACACUCUCCACGCAAACCUCAUCCUUUCCAUCGACCGCCGCCACACCCCCGCCGAAGCCCACGAGAUCGUCGACCUCGCACUCGCUUACCGCCCACAUGGCGUCGUGGGCAUCGACCUGUGCGGUGAUCCCAGUGUCGGCGAUGUAUCGGCACUCACGCCCGCGUUCCGCCGCGCGAAUAGAGAGGGGCUGAAGAUCACGGUGCACUUCGCUGAGGCGCCGGCGUCGGCAACGGAGGAGGAGCUGUGGACGCUGCUGGGAUGGCAGCCGGACAGGUUGGGUCAUGUCAUUCACGUGGACAGAGACUCUGCGAUCGCGAGGGAGAUCGUCAGGAGGAAGUUGGGCUUGGAGCUGUGUUUGAGCUGUAACGUGCGUGCUAAUAUGCUUGUUGGUGGCGGUGGAUAUCCGGAGCACCACUUUGGAUGGUGGAGGGACUUGGGCGUGCCGAUUGCGCUGGGGACGGACGAUGUGGGCGUUUUCUGUAGCGAGCUGUCGGAGGAGUACCGCGUUGCGGCUGAGCACUUUGGGCUCGGUCAUGACGAUGUGAGGAAGCUGUGUGAGAGCGCUGUUGACAUGAUCUUCGGCAGCGACGCGGAGAGAGCGCGGCUGAGUACGCUGUAUACUUCUUUGGAGGUUGAGAUGAGACGCGGACCGAGUGGCACAUGCCAAAGAUGUUAG